GUACAUUACUACGUCUAUGCAACUUUUCCUUCUUUACAUUCAUAGAAUACACACGGAUCGUAUUUUAUUCUCGAGUGUCAAGAUGUAAGACACUCGAGAUCUUUUUACUCGGCGUUCUUUGGUGGAGUGACUGCAGAACGAGAGCUUUUGUUUACCCAAGGAAGGAGAGACGUUACUUCUGCGUCCUGGGAGUGUUACUAUGGAAAAACGCAUAGAAGUCUGCAUUUAACGUCUCGUUGAAAUAUGGGCCUAGUUUCUUUUAUUCUCGGUUUUGGUGCAGGAUUUUAUAUUCGAGGUCGUAAGUUUAGAAUUCAGAUGAUCAUAGAACCUAUAGUAUUUCAGAUGCUGCAAAACAAAGAUGUCACUCAAUACAAACUAGCUUUGGUCAUCAGAGAUGAUCUGAAUAUGGGAAGAGGAAAAAUUGCUUCACAGUGUUCUCAUGCUUCAGUAUUAGCAUUCAAGACUGCUAUGUUGUCUCAUCAGGAAGCAGUAGAAAUGUGGGAAGCAUUUGGCUCAGCAAAAAUUGUAUUAAAAACUCAAAGUGAAUUAAGUCUUUUAGAUUUAAAAGAUAAAGCUAAAAAGAUAGGACUGUUAACAAAUAUUGUUUGUGAUGCUGGCCGAACAGAAGUAGUUGCUGGUACAAAAACUGUCCUUGCAAUAGGCCCAGGCCCUGUAGAUGCCAUUGACAAAAUUACUGGACAUUUGAAGUUACUGUGAUUAUUUAAAUAAUAUAUUAAUUUUAAAACAAAAUUUUCUCCAUUAACAACUCAAAAGUAAAGAAAUUAAAUGAAAACAGUAUCAUUAAAUUUCUUUAUCAACUACUGUUAAAAUGCAAACAAUAUCAGGUAUGUGCAACAUUUAGCAGUGCUUUUGCCAUCUUGCAAAUAUAAAUGCUGCACAACAUUUGUAUAGCAAGUUUCAAUGGGUAGAAGAAUAUUUUAGCAUAAUGUAAAGCACAGGUGUUUUUAGGGAUGUACAUAAUUUUCAUAAGCUAAAUUUCUUAAACUCAAAAUUAGCUUCAAAAUUGAUAAAACUUCGGAUUUAAUCAUAAAUUAAUAUACAAUGAAUACAUUUUAUUUAAAAAAAAAUAGCAUCUCCUUUUUUCUACCAUUUGCCUGUGCAUUUCAACAUCAUUGCAAUUUAAUUCUGAUUGAACUCUCAAUUAAAUUACGCUAAGCAACAAAUAAAUUUCACUGUCUUCUUAACUCUUGCUUUUACUAUUUUUAGCAAGAUACAUCUGAGGCGAAAUUUCUGCAUCUCAAAGUUCUGAUGAUGCUUGUAACCACUUUAGCUAAACUUUCAAAACAUUCAUCAUUUGAAGUGAGCGAGCCCUCUCUUCAAAUGAAACUUUAAUCUUCACAUUCCUGUUACUGCUUCAAUUAAAUAAUUAUCAGUCCUACUUUCUAUGAACAGUUUUAAAUUAUAGUAGAUUUCACUGAAUUUGCUUGAACAAAUCCAGUUUUUUUUAAAUAAAUUUCAAUUAUGAUAAAGUUGCUGAAUUUCAAGUGGCAUGAUUGCAUGAAUGAAAUCAAAAGAGAUUGUUAUGCAAGUUUUUACCUCUUUGUUUAUAUCUGAAUUAAAAAUUGUUAUCCUUAAUAGCCUCUUCCUGCUUAUAGCAGAGCAGACUUUAAAGCAUUGGAUGCUUUACUUAAGAGAUUGUAGUUGAAAAAUGAUGUCUGGUUAUUUGUGCAAACACAAGGAUUUAAUAAAUGUAAUGUCUUAAAAAAUUUAUGGGCAGAACAAUUUUUAAAGCAAGAAGAAUUUUCCUCUUCUGUUUAUUUCUUUCAAACCUUUAAGUAGACUUUGAAGAUAGAAAUUCGUCAAACAUUUUUAUUAUACAAAUAUCUGUUUAAUAUGUUACCUUUUGAAACACCAAGGCUUCUUAGAUUAAUUACAAUAAUUUUUUUUCUUAUCUGCACUACCCAUAUCAGAAGCAAAAUUCGUCAAACUAUUUACGAAUUUAUUGUGUUUUCCUGCCAAAACAUUUGCUUUUGAAUGCAAUUUUUUUUAUCUGGCAUCAUUCAUAAAAAUAGCCAGUAUCAUCAGGCAUCAUUGGGGAUUGAUAAUUAAUCAAUAUUCACUUUAGAAGCAGAGGCAGACUAGCCACACAGCUAUUGACAAAUGCAAUGAAAUGUUGAUCUUUAAAUCUUCUAAUCCAUAUGCCAUUAGGCUUAAACUACUAGGCAGCUGCAAAAUUUCUAGCCUUCUCUUCUAAAAAAAUAUAGCAUUUGAGCAGAUUAUGAAAGUAAUGCUUUUUCAACAUGAGGAUACAAAAAAGUAGAAAAACUUUUUCUAUCUUAUUUUAUGCUGCCAGAGAAGAUUUUCCAUAUGUUAAAAACUAUAGAACCUGGAAAUUAAAAUUCUGGAGCAACAAUCGUUUUCUUCCUACUGGUUAUCAGCAGCUGAUGAACUUCAUUUUUGCUCAGCUACCAAUUCUUGAAGCUUUCCUAACCAUGUUUGAUAUACAUGUAAAACCUUAAUAUAAAAAUUUGUGUAUUGAAUGCAAAAUGUAAUGCAAUAAAAUAUUAAUCAGUAAAAGAGA